CACCACCCACUGCACACCAAAGUUGAAAGCUAACUUUCACCAGACUGUUCCACCAAGACCCAACCUUUCACCCUUGAAUCUCACUCAAAACUGCACCUUCCCUUUUCUCUUUCUCAAUCUGAGACCAACCCACCUCUCAGAUUCCUCAAUCCUCCGAAUCCAUCUCAACAAUCACUGUUUUUCCAGAUGGGUUCCGAUACAUUACCCAUGAAACCCUCCCCGAUUCCGACCCAGGACGAUGACCCACCAAACCCAUCUGCGGCUCUGCUCUCCUUCAACACAGACUCGACCUCUUCAACUUCAAACCCUUCUCACAAACCCACCAUCAUCUUCAUCUUUCUAUUACUCAUCACCUGCAUAGCUCUGUCUGCUGCUGCAGCUUUCGCUUUCCUCUUCUUCUCGAACUCAUCAAACACCACCACCACACCCACCUCCACCACCACUUCAAUCGACUCAAAGGCUCGGCCUUUAGCCAAGUUGAACCAUCCGGUGGUGAUCUUGGUCUCCUCAGAUGGGUUUAGAUUUGGUUACCAAUUCAAGACCCCAACUCCAAAUAUUCAUCGUCUCAUAGCAAAUGGAACUGAAGCCGAAACGGGUCUGAUUCCGGUCUUCCCAACUCUUACUUUUCCUAAUCACUACUCUAUUGUCACAGGUCUUUACCCAGCUCACCAUGGAAUCGUCAACAACCACUUUGUGGAUCCCUACACUGGGGAGUUCUUCAAUAUGGGAAGCCAUGAGCCCAAGUGGUGGCUUGGCGAGCCGCUGUGGGAGACUGUGGUGAACCAUGGUUUGAAGGCUGCUACGUAUUUCUGGCCGGGUGCUGAGGUAAAGAAAGGUUCUUGGACUUGCCCUGAAAAGUAUUGUCAACAAUAUAAUGGUUCUGUUCCUUUUGAGGAGCGGGUUGAUACUACUCUAGGGUUCUUUGAUUUGCCUAGUAGUGAGAUUCCUUAUUUUAUGACACUGUAUUUUGAGGACCCUGAUCAUCAGGGCCACCAGGUUGGGCCUGAUGAUCCCGAGAUUACUGAGGCUGUUGCCAACAUUGAUAGGAUGAUUGGGAGGUUGAUUGAGGGUUUGGAGAAAAGAGGGGUUUUUGAGGAUGUGACGAUUAUUAUGCUGGGUGAUCAUGGGAUGGUUGGUACUUGUGAUAAGAAGUUGAUUUUCCUGGAGGAUCUGGCCUCUUGGAUUGAAAUUCCAGCGAGUUGGGUCCAGUCGUAUACUCCAUUGCUUGCAAUUCGUCCGCCCGCAGGAGUUGAUACUGCGGAUAUCGUGGCUAAGAUGAAUGAAGGUUUGAGUUCCGGGAAGGUUAAGAAUGGGAAGCAAUUGAAAAUGUAUCUCAAGGAGAAGCUUCCUAGGCGGUUACAUUAUGCAGCUAGUGAUCGAAUUCCUCCGGUUAUAGGGUUGGUCGAAGAGGGGUUUAAGGUAGAACAGAAGAGCUCAAAGAGGCAAGAAUGUGGAGGAGCACAUGGUUAUGAUAAUGCUGUGUUUUCCAUGAGGACGAUAUUCAUUGGCCAUGGUCCUCAGUUUGCAAGAGGGCGCAAGGUUCCUAGUUUUGAAAAUGUCCAGAUAUACAACUUGGUCACUAAGAUUCUCAAUAUCCAGGGUGCACCUAACAAUGGAUCUGAAUCAUUUCCAAAGUCUAUUCUUUUGCCUAGUGCUUAGUAUCUUUCUCCCAAGCAUUUCCAGGGUGGAGUCAGCUUCUUCAAAUUCAAGCAAUGGUUGGCAAAAUUUAACUAUUUUGAAAUGGUAUGCUUAUGUGCUUGUGAGUCUGUAAGGUCAGAAAUUUUGAAGAUUAUGAGGCUUUGCGCCCAUGAGCUUAGCAGCUGAAGCAUACUUAUUUUGUUACCAACGGCAUUCUUUAUUUGCUUCCUUCAAUAGGACCAGCACUUGUAAACUACUAAAAUUAUGACUUACACUUUUGUAUAGGAACAUCAUGUGGUAGAAUAAUAUGCUGUCCAAAUGCUUAAAUAUAUGUUGGAAUGGAUAUAUUCUUUAUUGCCUAAAAA